GGGAAGGAAGCCGAGCGCUGCCGUGUCUGUGUUGGUGUCAGACAGCCCUUGCUCCGUAAAGGAGCCGCCGUGAGCGGCUGGUGUUGGGUUAUGUAUUCCUCUCGUGUGAAAGGGCUGUCUGCAGCUGCAGGUGGAAGUACCUGCGUGAGAAAGCCUAAAACUAAGAGAGCAAAAAGAUUUCUUGAGAAGAGAGAACCCAAGCUUAAAGAAAAUACGAAAAUUGCUAUGCUCAUAAAAGGAGGAAAUGCAAACUUAACGGUGGCUGAAGUGCUUAAAGACAUUUAUGCUGUGAAGAAGCCUUUUGCUGUACUGUAUAGAAAGAAAAAUAUUACCAGGCCUUUUGAGGAUCAAACAUCAUUGGAAUUUUUUUCCAAGAAAUCAGAUUGUUCGUUGUUUCUGUUCGGCUCUCACAACAAGAAGCGACCGAACAACCUGGUAAUAGGUCGCAUGUUUGACUAUCAUGUCUUAGAUAUGAUUGAGCUAGGCGUUGAGAAGUUUGUAUCCCUAAAAGAUGUCAAGAACAGUAAAUGUCCUGAAGGAACAAAACCGAUGCUGAUAUUUGCUGGUGACAUGUUCGAUGUAAAUGAAGAAUACAGAAGACUGAAGAGCCUUCUCAUUGAUUUCUUCAGAGGUCCUACUGUGCCCAAUAUUCGUCUGGCUGGUUUAGAGUACGUCCUGCAUUUCACAGCUGUAGAUGGGAAAAUUUACAUGCGAAGCUAUAAGGUUCUCCUGAAGAAAUCUGGCUGUAAAAUACCAAGAAUUGAACUGGAAGAGAUGGGACCUUCAUUAGACCUGGUUAUGAGGAGGACACAUUUAGCUUCAGAUGACCUUUAUAAGCUGUCUUUAAAGCAACCAAAAGCCCUGAAGCCUAAGAAGAAAAAGAAUAUCUCCCAUGAUGUGUUUGGUACAACGUACGGCCGAAUCCACAUGCAGAAGCAAGAUCUUGGGAAACUGCAGACGAGGAAAAUGAAAGGGUUAAAAAAGAGGCCAGCAGAGAAGGCAGCUGAAGAUAGUGGGGUUAGUCCCAAAAAGUCAAAAUCAGCUUGAUAGUCUGGAACAGCUUUGAAACCUUUUUGUACCUUCAAAUUUGGUAUACAUACUGUAAUACAAAUGUGUUGGACAUAAAAGAUUCGGCUGCUGUUAGCUUUAAUUUUAUAAAAAAGUCUUUUUUAAUGGUGUGUCACUUUAAAGGGGACAUGGGGGUAUUGAGCUUUAACACGGAACUUGGUUAUUUAAAAUAAAAAAUGUGAUAUAACUUGCUUAGUUUUCCGAAGCUGAGUAUUUAUUGUCUUGGUGUUAAGCAAACAUAUGCUAGCCAAGCAGAUGGCUUAUUUCCCAAACAGUUUUACAGAUGCUAUGUUGGGAACCCUUGGUCAAUCAACUCAUCUUGUAAAUUCUGCGUGGGACCAGAGUAGUGUAUAUGCAUCAAUAUACACAGCACAACUUCUCUGUUCAUUUAUUGUUUAUGUAUUUCAGGUUUUGCAUGACUGCAAGACUCAAUAAACUAUAAACUCUUUUCUAAA